CUCAAAAGCGAGGGGAAAUUAUCGGAACAAAAUUUCCCAAAGGGCCUGCCAUUAUAUCAUUCUCAACUAGUCAGAGGGGCCACAUUUUCGUCAUUUCCCCUCUCUCUCUCUCUCUCUCUCUCUCCUUCUUCUUCUUCUUCUCCCUGUGAAAAUAUGGAAGUUGCAGAGAAUUAGGGAGGAAAUUGAGGAAGCUCAGGGGCUAAUAAUGAUGCAAGGUGGUGAAGGACCGCUACUUCUUUCCCUCUCUCCAAGCUUUAGCAGCUACUCCUCCGGCAGAUUUGCUGAAAUUGCCGCCCGUGUCGUUGAGGAAUUCCGGAAAGAAUCCGAUUCUGAUCCCGAUAUUUUCGACUGGAAAACUGAUGCUUCUUCGCUCCAACACGGAGGCGAACCGGAAGAAUUCAACCUAGCAGCUCACCAGGAUGGUAAUGGUGGAACUGAGACUGUUGUUGGUGAAGUCGGAGACAACGAUGAGUUCGAAUUCGCUGUCGUUCCGAGGGAGCCGCAGGCGAUGACGACCUCGGCUGAGGAUAUCUUCUACAACGGCCAGAUUAGACCGAUUUAUCCGGUUUUCAACACGAAUCUGUUGUUGAACGGUUCUCUUACAGAUAAGAGUAAAAACGUUGGCGGCAACGAAGACUUGAAGAAAUCCAAGGCGACGAGAGUUCAUCGUCCGUCGCUGGGGAAACUGAUGAGCGAAGAGCGUGAGUCGAAUUCUUGCUCGUCGUCUGAGGCCGACGAGCUUGACGGAGUUAUUCCUGGAACGUACUGCGUCUGGUCGCCGAAGGAAUCGCUCGAGAGAUGCAAAAAGAGCAAUUCGAUGGGCUCGUCGAAGAGAUGGAAGCUCCGAGACCUCUUAUACAGAAGCAAUAGCGACGGAAAGGACACGUUCGUGUUUUUAGCACCAAACAAGAGAGUUGAGAAAGUCGCCGAGGUCUCAAAGGGAAAAGGUAGUAGCGGUACCGGUGACGAAAAGACCGCCGGAAAAGUAAAGCCGAGCAGAGUCGCCGCUGCAACGGCUGCUAAUGGCGCGACGGAGGGAGCGGAUACGAGGAGUCAAUCGGUUCCGUAUACACAGGAAACGGUGGAUUUAUUCGCCGAGGUCAAUGGUAUGAACAAAAACUCACAUCUAUUUUGAACAUUAUUAGGGUUUGAACUUUGAAAUAAGAUUGAUUUGGGGGAAGAAGAGUUUGAAGAAAARAAAACCUAAUCUGGAAAAUUAAUUAAUGAGUUUUUAUCAGGAUCAAUUCCGUGUUAUUGUGAGAAAAUUAUCUUUGAUUUGGAAUAAUUAAUUGUAAAACGUCAAUCAUCUACCAUGUAGGAAUAGCCCAUCUUGUGUGUGAAUGGUUGGGAAUGAG